AUGACAAUGCUAGGCUUUGAACAACCAAGCAAAGAAUGUCCCACAACAGCAACUAUCUACGAUGGAACGGGCACAUCCUCUGAUCCUUUUAUUGUUGAGUUCCGCAAUGGUGAUCCGGGAAAUCCCAUGAACUUCUCAUCCACCAAGAAAUGGGUCAUCAUAUUCAUUGUAACCGCCUCGGUAUUUGCAAUUACGCUCACAUCCUCCGCCUACUCUGGCUCGGCAAACGAAAUCGUUGAACAAUUUCAUUGCAGCUCGGAACUUUUUGCUCUCGGAAUAUCUCUAUAUGUGCUUGGUUUUGCCAUCGGGCCGGCCUUGUGGGCACCCCUUUCGGAGCUGUAUGGCAGGAGAAUUCUCUUCAUCACUACGCAUACAUGUGUGGUAGCUUUUGUGGCUGCUACAGCUGGGGCAAGAUCCAUGACCCAGCUCUUAGUCUUCAGGUUUCUUACUGGGAUGAUUGGCGCAUCGCCAUUGACCAACUCAGGCGGAGUCAUUGCUGAUAUGUUCCCUGCGGCACAACGGGGGCUGGCAAUGAUCUUUUUCUGCGCAGCGCCAUUUAUGGGACCUGUUCUAGGUCCUAUUAUAGGUGGUUUUAUUUCUAUGAACGUUGGUUGGAGAUGGGUGCAAGGCGUGUGCAGCAUCUUCAUUGGCAUCGUAUGGAUUGCCGGUUCGAUUCUUGUCCCAGAGACAUAUGGACCAGUGAUUUUACGUGAAAGAGCAGCACGUCUUGCUAAAGAAACAGGGAAGUCAUACAGAAGCGUCAUGCAGCAGCAGAAUGGCACAGUAGCAUCGUCUGAACUCUUUCGCAAAGCUCUAAUGCGGCCCUGGGUUCUUCUUUUUCGCGAGCCAAUCGUGUUAAUUGCCGCCACCUAUCUGGCGAUAAUAUACGGGACAAUCUACAUGUUUAUGCCUGCAUUGCCAAUUGUCUAUCAACGCGGCCGGGGGUGGAGUGAAGGCCUAGGAGGUUUGGCAUUUUUAGGUCUUAUCUGUGGCAUGAUAAUUGGACUUAUAUAUGCCAUCAUCGAUGACAACCGAUAUAAGAAACUCGGCCAGUCGGCAACGCCCGAGUCCAGGUUGCCCCAAGGAGCUGUUGGUGCCGUUGCUUUACCCGUCGGCCUCUUCGCUUUUGCGUGGACUAAUUCGCCAAGUAUACACUGGGCCGUUAGCAUUACUCUUUCUGCUCCAUUUGGUUUCGGUUGUGUUCUGGUCUUUCUAUCAUGCCUCAACUACUUGAUUGACUCGUACACUAUAUAUGCAGCAUCGGUACUUGGGGCUUCGGCAAUGCUCAGGGCAUUUUUUGGCGUGGCAUUCCCGCUGUUCACAGACCAGAUGUAUGAUAAUCUUGGCAUACACUGGGCAAGCACAAUACCUGCUUUCUUAACGCUUACAUGCUUGCCAUUCCCAUUUGUUAUGCUCAAGUUUGGCCAGACAUUGAGACUGAAAUGCAAGUACGCGCAAGAAGCAGCAAAUCUAGGAGCACGGAUGCAAGCGAAAUCCGAUCCUGAAACAAGUGGCAGUGAAUGA